AUGGACGGCGGUACUCCUCCAAACCGACCAAAAGCAGCUCGUGAGGCAAAGGGGAAAAGUAGAGCACCGUCAGCAUCGGGGAGGUCAACCGACCCCAGCGGGCCUCCUCGACAAACGAGAGCCGCAUCCUUUCGUCAGACGUCCCGAUUCGAAAAUAUACAGCAUUAUCCGGAAGCGCACAACUAUAUGAACCCGAUUGGCAACUAUGCACAUCCGGAAUCUGUGCUGGGCAUGAGCAAUAUGGCGUCUGCGCUACCUAGCUACCCGUCCGGUCCAAUUCCAUUUGACCAGCACAGUAUGCAGCAGCAACAGUUCGUAACUGUCGGUCCCAAUCCCGCCCUCAUGUACGGCAUGCCACAAUUUCAAUCGUUUCCCGCUCCCGCGACCAAUCCGAACAUGAUAUUCAACGCUCCAUAUGCUCAGAUGUACAUGUCCUAUGUUCAGCAGCAACAGCAUCAGCAUCCAGGAACUCACAUUUCGAAUGCCGCUGGAUUUUCCCCAGUGGCUCCCAGUACUCCCAGUCAUGGCUCACUUCAAAAUUCAUUGGAUGUAUACGCGCAUGGCUACUUCCACCCGAGUGUGUAUGCAGCGCAGGGGCAUCAUUCAAGACCUGCGAGUAUGUCGGGGGCUUCCCUGCAACCGCAUAACCAAUCUUAUUCGAGUAUGCGGAGAGCGAAUGAGGCCCGAGAAAAAGAGGAUAAAAAGCGGAUCACGAUUGUCGAUGGAUCAAUGAAUAUGAGAUCAUCUGCUGCUCAGGGUUCAUCAACAGAUUCUGCCCCACGUCCAUCAAAGUCGAACCCCUCGAAAGGUCCGCCGAGAAAACCGAAGCAAUCCGGCAAUGCUCUAUGGGUCGGAAACCUCGCUCCAGGCACAAAUAUCGUCGAACUCAAAGACCAUUUUUCGCAAGACGCUACGAGGGAUUUGGAGAGCGUGUUUCUUAUCUCAAGAAGCAACUGUGCGUUCGUGAACUACAAGACGGAAGAGGCCUGCAUUAGGGCUUUAACAAGGUUCCACGACACGAGGCUACGGGGGGCGCGACUGGUUUGUCGGGUGCGCCGGGGGUUGAUGUCCCCUGGGCCGCAUAGCGAGCUCACGGGUCUAGCAGAUCAACCUUCGAUAAAGGAGGCGGAAGAGAUGGUAAAGACCACCGCUAUGGAAGAUGAAGGGCGGGAAGAUCUCGAACUCAGUUGGCAAAGUGGUAUCUGGGCUACUCAGACCCACAACGAAGAGAGCCUUAACCGAGCCUUCGAGAGCGCAGAUACUGUCUACCUUAUUUUUUCCGCAAACAAGUCAGGCGAAUAUUAUGGAUACGCUCGGAUGAUGUCAACAAUCAAGGACGAUGAAAGCUUAACUCUCGAGAUGCCGCCACGCCCUGAGUAUCAUACCUCCAACGAACCAGACAGUCCGGAUGUCACACCGACACCUGCAUCAACUUCGGCACCGAACGGGCGCAUCAUAAACGACGUUGCGCGGGGUACAAUAUUCUGGGAAGCAGACACAUCGGAGGAUGAGGACGGCCUUCCCCGGCCGCUUAAGAACGCUUAUCAGGCGCCCGAUGAACAACAGCCCCAGGCCCCCGCUGAGCUUCAGCUAAUCGGAAAACCAUUUCGAAUCCGGUGGCUCUCCACCGAAAGGGUUCCCUUCCACCGCACACGAGGGUUACGCAACCCGUGGAAUUCAAAUCGCGAAGUGAAAAUAGCACGCGACGGCACCGAGCUUGAGUUCUCCGUUGGAGAGAAGCUGGUGCUCCUUUUCCAUCCCGAGUCCUCGGGAUGA